UCUCUCUCAACCAUCCGUUUCUCCUUUCUGUGACAUGGGUUCUCUUCUACGUACAUCACCUUUUAUUUUUUUGGUUCAGUUUCUUCCUUGUUUUCUUUCCUACAACCCUGUGGAAUCUCUUUUCUUUACGUUAAACAAUGUCACAAUCAAACAAUGCAUCCGUGCAAUCACAGGAACAAUUAAAAAUUAAUCUUGGAAAGGAGCUUGGAUUUGGUGCCUCAUUUGUGUGCGAGGCUGUGGGUCAUAUUCAUUCAAGGGGCUUAUGGAUUGGAGAUGAUCCUCUAUCAUUUUCUGUCCCUCUCUUGCUAUUGCAGCUAUCCCUCAUUUCCAUCUUUACACGUUCCAUUUACAUUUUUCUCAAGCCUUUUGGCCAGCCUUCUAUUGUUUCUCAGAUCCUUGGAGGUGUAAUUCUUGGUCCAUCGGUUCUUGGGUAUAACUUGAACUUCGCAGAAAAAGUGUUCCCAUCCAAGGGAAGAACUACGCUGGAGACGUUGUCCGUGUUUGGUUUCAUACUAUUUCUCUUCCUAAUUGGGGUGAAGACAGAUCCCACAGUGGUUUUGAGAUCAGGUAAACGAUCACUUGCAAUAGGAAUUUCAGCCUUCUGCAUUCCCUAUGCAUUGGCCGCAUUAAUCAGAUUAGUCAUCUGCAAUCGUCUCGCAUUGAAUGAAAACACCUGCAUGGUUCUUGCUUUGGUAGUAAAACUGCAAUCUUUGACAGCUUUUCCCGUAAUUGCAACCUUUUUAGCUGAGCUAAAGAUCCUCAAUUCUGAGAUUGGAAGACUUGCUAGUUCUUCUUCAAUGAUAUGCGAUUUAUGCUUUUGGGUCACAAUGACACUGACUUAUGCAGCAGAUAUAGCUAUUGCAAAAUCGUUAAAAACAUCAAUUGGUUCAUUUUUUUCGGUUGUUCUCCAUUUCAGUAUUAUAGUGUUUGGAAUUCGUCCAGCAGCUUUGUGGUUAGUUCGUCAUACUCCUGAAGGAAAACCUGUGAAAGAGAUUUACACAUUUGUAGUGCUUAUAGCAUUGAUGGGUUGUGUAUUCCUCGGUGAAGUAGUUGGUAUAGAUGCUCUAAUCUCAUCUUUCCUUGUAGGUUUGGCGAUACCAGAUGGGCCACCAUUAGGAGCUGCCUUAGUAGAGAGGCUUGAUUGUUUUGUAUCAGUAUUGCUAACGCCCAUCUUUUUCACACUAUGUGGAUUAAAGACAAAUGUUUUUACCAUUCAAAAAUGGAGGAACGUUGGCAUAAUUCAACUGGUUGUGUGUGUUGGUUUUUUUGGAAAACUUAUAGGGACAAUGCUACCUCCACUCUUUUGUAGAAUGCCAUUCAGAGACGUUCUCUCUCUUGGCCUAAUCAUGAAUUCCAGAGGCAUUGUUGAACUUAUUUUACUCAAUGACUGGAGGACUGACAAUGUGUUGAACGAUGAAUGCUUCGCCAUUAUGAUCAUCUCUGUGGUGGUUGUAACAGGAGUAAUCUCACCCCUUGUGAAAUCACUGUAUGAUCCUUCAAGGAGGUUCCUAGCCUACAAGAGGAGAACAAUACAACACCAUCCACGGAAUCAAGAAUUACGAAUACUUGCUUGCAUCCAUAGUCAAGAAAAUGUGCAGACAAUAAUCACGCUCCUAGAUGCUUCAAACCCUAGUAAAGAGGAUCCUAUUGCUUUGUUUGUCCUCCACUUAAUUAAGCUUGCUGGACGUGCUUCUUCCUUGCUGAUUGCCCACGUGGAACGUGACAAACCUUCUCAAAAUCCUACCCAAUCGGAACGAAUCUUCAAUGCAUUUAAAAAAUUUGAACAUGAAAACCAGGGACAGGUUGCUGUGCAUUGCUACAAAGGCAUUUCACCUCGUACUACCAUGCACAAUGAUGUGUGCUCACUUGCUUUAGAACACAGGAUAUCUUUUAUAAUUAUGCCUUUUCACAGGCAAUGCAUAAAUGGGAAAAUGGUAGAGUCAUUUCAUGUAUAUAGGCACCUGAACAAGAAUGUGCUUGACCAAGCACCAUGCUCUGUUGGGAUCCUUGUCGACCGUGGGAACCCUAGGAAUUCUCCAUUUUGGCUAGCAGAGGCAUCUUUUUAUCGGGUUUGUGUGCUUUUUUUGGGGGGUGCUGAUGAUAGAGAAGCACUAGCAUAUGCUCAACGUAUGUUGAAGCAUCCCCGUGUGUUAGUCAGUCUUUUACAUUUCAAAUCUUCAAAAUUAGGGACUGAGGCUAUAGAAAUUGUAGGGGGCACAGCAAGAAGCAAAAUGCUUGAUGCUGAAAUCUUGGGAAAAUAUAGGUUCAAUGCCCAGCUUAAUGAGCGUGCCGCUUACACGGAGGAGGAGGUGGCCGACCGUAAAGAUGUUCUCGCUGUGAUUGAAUCAAUGGACAAUGCUUAUGACCUUGUUAUGGUUGGGAAGCGACAUGGAGACUCACAGUUGAUGACUGAUCUUAGUAAAUGGAAUGAGGAUAGAGAGUUAGGCCUGGUAGGAGAGGUAAUUGCAGCGAGAGAUUCUAAACUUGGGGCUUCUGUUUUGGUGGUGCAACAACAGACCAGAGUAUGGGGCUUGCGCGAUCCUGAGGUGAACAAAACUGAGAUGUACAGGAAUAUAAUUCAGAAUCAAGAGUUACAAUAUGCUAAGUAG